CACAAAUCAAAACACAACACACCAUGGUUUGCAAACCAUAGUGUGAACACACCUACAGUUUACGGUUGUGUGAUUGUAAUCUGCGGGGGAACUUCCCAGGUGAAAUAGGGCACGCGUUGGCGUCAGGGAAUCGACGUCAACGCGCGAAUAUAGAACGGGCAGUACAGUAGGUGGGUACAGUACACUUCUUGUAUCUGCACGCUAGGGUUCGGGAACGCGUUGACAAAAUUAAGAGUUUGGAUCAUGAAGAGUGUCGUCUAUUACUGUAGCUGGAUGAGUUUUCUCUACAGCGUUUGUUGUUUGCAACCUUCUAGAGGUGCCAAUCCAGAAGGUAGUCAUGGGGUUGUUGCUACCAACUUGGCUCAAGGAAAAGUUGCCAAACAAAGCAGUAAUUACAGUUCUGACACUGAGGCUGGAAAGGCUGUCGAUGGUAACAACGAUGGACGGUGGAACUCUGGUUCUGUGACUCGCACAAAGAACGAUUUUCAGGCUUGGUGGGAAGUCGACUUGAGUUUUGAAGCGGAAAUUUUAUCUGUGAAGAUAUACAAACCAAUCGGUUGCUGCAGUAAUCAGAAAAGAUUCGACAGAAUCUUCUGCUGCAAGAAUCAGCUUACAAAUUUUUACAUCAAGUUUUACGACUAUAUGCACAUUCUUGUAAGAGUUGUGAAGGAUAAAUCUAGAGUAGGAAAAGAAUAUACAUUUGAAAUAAAUCCUCCAGUUGUGGCUCGGUAUGUUCGAGUACAGCGAAGACGUCGAAGCUAUCUAUCUUUGGCAGAAGUUCAAGUUUAUGGCAAAGUUAUAGAAAAUGCAGGGACAUCGGUUGCACUCUCGACAUCUGUAUUGUCCAGUUUUAUGUCUUCAAGUCACAGUCGGAUCUAUUUUUCAUCCGCAACGAAAACGAAUAAACCCUCAUUGCAAACAAUUACUAGUUCUUUACUUUAUGUGACUAACAGUUUACACACUGGGAAGAGAGAUGACAGCUCUGUGUUUGCAACAAGACUGACGAGUAAAGAUGCUCAUUCAUCACAUUUACUGAAAAGUUUCCGUGAUCUGUCAACAACUGCAAACAUACCACUUUCUUCUGCUAGUGUGAUUGGUACUCGCUUUUUGGUUGAUUCUGCAAGCAUUUUACCAUCUCCGACUAUUGUGAUCAACAGUGAGUUUUGGAUCGAUUCUUUAAGCAUGUCACCAUCUUCAACCAGUGUGGUCAAAAGCAAGUUUUGGGUCCAUUCUGUAAGCAUGUCACCAUCUAAAACUGUGGUGAGAAACAGUGGGUUUUGGAUUGAUUCUUCAAGCACAACACCAUCUGCAACUACUGUGAUCAACAGCAAGUUUUGGGUCAAUUCUUCUUCUUUAAGCAAGCCACCAUCUCAAACUACUGUGACCAACAAGUCUUGGGUCAAUUCUUUAAGCAUAUCACUAUCUUCAACUAGUGUGAUCAACAGCAAGAGUUUGUUCAAUUCUUUAAACGUAUCAUCAUCUCCGACUAGUGUGAUCACUGGAAGCAGUUUAGUUACUUCUGCGAACUCUAAUGGAACCUCGAAAUCUUUGUCCAUCCCAGCUGUUGCAUCACUAAUGCCGAGUCAAAAUGCAUCGUCAUUGCUGACAACUGGAAUCUCCUAUUAUUCAACACCAACAUCUGCUGUUUCCGAUUCAGCGAAAUCGUUCCUGGAAAAUGAAACAAUUGUUCUCGUGAUUAUUGGUAGCAUGGCUGGUAUCAUUGCCAUCUUAACCAUUCUACUGUUUGUGAUGUUGAAACUAUAUUUGAAACAGAAACGUAAAGUCCAUUUCGAAACAGCUGACUUAAACUGUGGACGGUAUAUCGGAUCACAGCCUAAUACGAUCAAGUCUGAAUACUUCAACGUGGAUGUAGAAGGUCGAUAUUGUCGGGUGGCUUCUGAAAAUUUUACAUCUAACAUAGGAUAUCAUGCAGUAAGUGUACAGCCGAGUUCAUUGUCAGUGAAUGAUACGUAUGAAGAUGUCUCUGAAACAUAAUAUUCCAUAAGGGUCAAUACAAGUAUGGAUACAGACACCAGGGUAUGAGUUGGUUACCCGUUUUGUCAUUUAUUGCGUAUUGCGUACCAAUAUAUUUGUAGGUUUACUAGGUAGCUAGCUAUUGCAUGUGUAGAAUCGGUAGAUGAGUUUGCUAUCUUGUGAAUGUUCGUUUCUGUGAACACUGAAGAUUCAAAGUAGCU